AUGAUAUGAAGCGUCGUAACUGUCCUGUUAUGAAACUAGGUAGGAGGAUCAAAUAGAGGACAAUUUCGACUCGUUCACUGUCACUGUCUAUCAUACAUAGUCUAAGCCUUUUUUUUUUACACGACUUCUACAACUUCGUCUGGUAUCGUCGGGUGCCGGCUUUGUUGAUACUUACAUCAACUAGUAUUCCGAUUGUACAAGGGCAACAUCCUGCUUUCUCCAUGUUCGAUCGAUAAAAUUUCACCGUCGACCUCGUUUCUUCCGCUAUUUACCACUUAUUUUUGUCAAAUUCAAACCCCUAUUCUUUGCUCCCGAUCCCACUUCAACUUUGCUGCUUGACUUCCUUCUCUUCCUGCAUAUCCUUCUAGUCAAGGGCACGGUGAGCCGCAACGGCUGUUUUCAAUGGAUCCUUUAUUGCUGGAUCAAUGCUCCGAAGUACACGCUGUUCUACUUCGAAAUGAUGCCAACGCUGAAACGCGAAGGACGCACUUUCGAGAGUCCGCAGAUUCUUACCUAUUCCGUUGCAAACUUCGCGAUUUUAUACGCCUUGUUGAUGCUUCGCAGCUUCAAGGAAUUGCACGUGGGCCGGAGAAUCACGAUAGAUACGAUGAUUUAUGAUUUGAUAGUGAUUCAUCAUCUUUCGCAUAGUGAGGCAUCCAAAUCUUCGAAAAGUACAACCUGAAAUGUAUAAAUAUAAUUAUAUAAAUUUAGAUUGCGGUGGUAGUGGUUUGUUCUUCUUCAUUUGUCGCAUACGGACAUGGCCUGGCACGUGACGAUGGAUUUCGUCGAUGUACUGCACAUGUUUGACUUCGCCCAGCCAGAUGAAGCGCAGAUUUUGGAUGAGAAUUCGGGUUCCGGAGGCAUCUCAGAG